UCCCCCGCCCGGCCCGGCCCGGCCCGGCCGCCGCCACCAACACCGGCACAAACAUCGCCUCAAACACCGCCUCAAACACCGCCUCAAACACCGCCAGCAGCGCCUCAAACACCGCCAGCGGCACCGCGCCCGGCACGGGCCCGCGGCAGCGCCCACAGCAUGUCCCGCGUGCCCGUGGGGAAGGUGCUGCUGCGCAACGUCAUCCGCCACACCGGAGCGCACAACAAGCUUCAGGAAGAGACAGAAAUGUGGAAAAUAAGGGAAUGGGAGAAGCAGACAGAAGAGACUUACUGGAAAAGGCAGAGCAGAAUGCUGUCAGACACCUCCAGCAGUCGCAUGCGCAGCGAUGGCUUCGACGAGGAGGGGCACAGGAACUGGAAAUCCAGGAACCCACAGCUCCUGGACCUGGUGGAAGAUGAUCUGCUCAGGGCCAGAUCCUGGAAUAAAAAGCUGUAUGAAUGUGAAGCCAACAUGCCAGACAGGUGGGGGCACAGUGGAUAUAAAGAGCUGUACCCUGAAGAAUUUGACACAGACAGUGAUCAGCAGGAAGGAGAUGAGCAAAAUGCUGUCAACGGGAAGAAGAGAUCCCACCCAGGGAAGCAAACAGCCCGUGAGUCCCACAAAAGGAAAAAAACCAAGAAAUCCCACAAGAAGAAGCAAAAAAAGCGCUCACACAAAAAGAGGAAGAAAAAGAAAAAGGAGCAGGAGAGAACUUCCACAGAUUCCUCCCGGGGGGAGAGCGAGGGCUCAGGAGAGGAGACUCCAAGCACCCGGAAAGGAAAACACAAGCGCAAGAAAAAGCCCAGGAAAGUGCCUGCCAAGGAACCUACCUCUUCUUCUGGGCAGGAGAGUGACUUUUCCCAUGCAAGCAGCUCCAGCACCAGCAGCUCUGAGGACACUGAAUCCGAGGGCAAAAAGGACAAACGGCCCCCGAGGAAGAGAAAGAAGCGGCACAACUCGGCACCGGAGAGGCCAAGUGAGGUGCCAGAGAAGAGGAGCAAGAGGAAGAACUGGAAGGUGGCAGGGGAUGAGAAGUCUGAGGACAGCUCUGAUGAGGACUGAGGGGUCUGGGUGCAGCUCAGGGCAGGAGGGGGGGACAGAGGCAGGUCUGUCACUCAGCACUGCUCCUGCACUGGUUUACACACACAGGGAGCAGCCCAGCCUGGCUGCAGGACAGCACCUCCAUCCUGCCACUGCAAUCUUUGGCUGUGAUCAGACUGGGGUUUUUUUUGUAAAUUGUGUUUGAACAGAUUGCUCUCUUGGCUCACCAAAACAAUGGCCAGUAGGAGAGAGGACAGGCUGAUAAAUCAAGCUGGUAACAGAGGAAAUGUCACUGUAACCCCCAGGUAGUUUUGUCUCCCAUCCUCCACCAUGGGGGCGUGCACAGGAUCAGCUGGGCACAGAGGGGAGCUGAGGGAAUAUUCCCAUUCCAGCUGAAGGUGCAGGGACUUCCUUAAUGGUGAAAAAGCCACCAGCUCAUCUGCUUGGUUUAGACUCCUGUCCAGAGCCUGCUGUGGGCUGGCCACUGUGUCUACCUUCCUUCCAUCUCUAUGGGGAUGCUGAAACCAUUUGUGCUGCCAGAGAGGCCCUGGUGGGUGUUGUGUCCUGUCUCUGCUCUGCCCAGUGUUACUGGAGAAACUGGUACCAGGCCAUUCUCCCUGCAGCAAACAGCCAAGCCUUUUAAUAAAAUAAAUCAGUCCAGA